AUGGAGCCGGGUGGCGGCAAAGCCUACCGGCUGGAUCAUGCAACAGCGGCCCCACAGGACGUGUGGUCUCUACGGAGCUUCCGCCUCCCCUGCCGGACAUCUCUCUGCUCCGAAGGGUUUUCACUCAUUGGUAGCAAGAACUGGUUGAAGAUUGUAAGACGUGUGGAUUGUCUAUUGUUUGGAACAACGAUAAAGGACAAGAGUCGCAUGUUUCGGGUACAGUUUAGCGGAGAGUCAAAGGAGCAGGCACUGGAACACUGCUGCAGUUGUGUGCAAAACCUGGCCCAGUACAUAACUGUUCAGGUGCCCGAUGGAAUCAUCCAGGAGCUUCGACCGAGUCCUGGCCCACUGAGGGCAGGUGAAAGCCAAGGGAAGGACUGUAUGAGGAGUGUCCCACUGCAGCACGGAUCCCACCAGAACCUGGAACAGCAGGCAUGUGUAAUGGCCGGCACAGGUGCUCCAGAGGGAAGGACCUCAGUGACUCAGUUAGCACAGUCUAUCCUGGCAUCGGAGGAGCUGCCCCUUGUCUAUGAGCAAUCUGCAUGGGGUGCAGAGGAGUUAGGCCCCUUUCUUCGCUUGUGCCUCAUGGAUCAGAAUUUCCCAGCAUUUGUAGAAGAGGUAGAAAAGGAACUUAAAAAGCUGACGGGGUUGAGAAAUUAAUGCUCUAUGUACAUAUAUAACUACAGAACUUCAAAGUAUUGAAAAAUGCUUCCUCCUAAAAUCAAAGAUAUUAAAGAGUAUUAUUCCAAAUA